CCUGGUCCUUGAGUCGCCCACCCUGUCUUUCUCGAUCGCUCUCUUUCUGCUUUGGCUACCCAAUAAGAUAAAACGCUAGCGCAGCUGAGGUAGAUCGCUUCCUCCUCCUCCUCCUCUUCCACUAAUGGCGGAGCCGCAAGCCGACAAACACCAAACCCUAGCUGAGCAAUACGCAUUGGAGAAACCAGAUGUGGUAACCAAGCCUGUUGAAGUAAAAGUGGUUGAGACCCCGGACAAUGUACCUUCCAAGGAAGUUGUCUCUGAGAAAGCUGAGGAAGCACCUGCUGCUCCAGAAGAAAGUCCAGUAGUUACACCAGCUAGUGAAGAAACCAGUGAAGUCAUUCCUACUGUUGCUGAAACUGAAACCAAACCUGCCUCUGAAGACAGCAGUGAAGCAGCUCCUGAAGAAAGCAGUGAUAGUACUGAAACAUCUGUUGACCAAGAAGCAGUUGAAGAGACACCUGAAAUUAAGAUUGAGACAGCACCAGCAGAUUUCCGUUUCCCAACUACAAAUCAGACCAGGCAUUGCUUUACCCGAUACGUAGAAUAUCAUCGGUGCAUAGCUGCAAAGGGGGAAGAAGCUCCAGAGUGUGAUAAAUUUAAAAAGUACUAUCGUUCUCUUUGCCCCGGUGAAUGGGUGGAUAGAUGGAAUGAGCAAAGGGAGAACGGAACCUUUCCAGGUCCUCUGUAGAUGGUGCCUGCUUAAUAACAAAGAUAUGGUUUGCAGUCUGCUGUUAUAUCCAAGUUUUUCCUCCAAUAGAUGAGUUUCUACAAUGAGAGUGUUAACUCUCGGGGAAUGUCCUAUUUGAAACAAUGAAAAUAAUAAGAAAUUUUGGCUUGUCUCAACACACACAGAAAUUGUAGCUCAUGAAAUCAUGUUAUUUCUUUUUUCAUGGUAAUUUUCCAAAUUAGCUGUUGUACGAUAAUUGACUGAACCCUGCAAGGGAAACAUAGCAUUUGUUUUCAA